AUGCGCAACCGCACGCUCAGUAUUCUGUUCGUAUUACUGAGUUUUCAUGUCAUCUCCAUCAGGAGUGACGAUGAGGAGGUUCUGUCUUGUCCUGAGCACCAGCAGGCAUUUGAGAGCUCCUGCUAUGAGUUUGUGGAGUUGCGUCGGGGUUUUCUCAGUGCUCAGGCUUGGUGUGAGCGGGGCGGUGGGCACCUGGCCUUUAUUCUGAAUGAUGAAACGCAACAGUUCCUGCAGAAACACCUACAGCAGGCACAUGACUGGUGGAUUGGACUGGCACCUGCCUUCACCAACCUCACUCUGGACUCAGCUGCCACUGAAGGUCCCUUGUCAUGGUUGGAUGGAUCAGAUGUUAGUUACUCUAACUGGGUCCAGGAGCCAUGGCUGAACUCAUCCUGUGGCUUCAUCCAGAGAGAUUCUGGAUUUCAGUGGGAAGCCACAAGAAACUGCAGCCAGGAGCUCUUCUUCAUCUGCGAGUUUGAGUCUGGCCGCUCUUUAGCCUGUGCUGAUCAUAAUGCUACGCUUCAGUGUGGCUCUGGUCGAGUGAUAGAGAUCGAUGACAGCUUCUACGGCAGGAAGACGGUGCAUUACUGCAGGACCAGUCAGACUCCUUCACAAGCAUCCCCACAGCAGGAGGACUGCAGCUGGGUGGAUAUAGUGGAUGCUGUGUCAGAGCACUGUCACGGGCUGCAGGUGUGUCAGGCUACUGCCGAUAUUUCAUCUUUUGGAGAGCCGUGCCCAGCAAUCGGGAGCUACUUGUCAGUGGAAUAUCAUUGCAAAGAGGCUCUUCAGCUGCUGAUGAGUAAACUGGCCGCUGUCUUUGACAACAUUACUAUCACAGUGAAGUGGUUGCUUCAUCCGUUUCAAGGCAAUCUGACGUGCACAUUGAAUGCUGGAGAUGGACACAUCAUUGAUAAUUACAGUCCGGAGAAGAUGGAGAAUGUGGUGCAUAAGUAUAGUCAUGCUGGAUUAUACAUGAUCAUGGUUGAGUGCAGUACAAGUGACUGGCAUGUGACAGCCCACAAAACCAUCACUAUCCAGGAGCCACUCGGAGAGUUCAGGACUAUAAAGUGCCACAGCAUGAAUCAAUCCACUAACAAUACGAACUGCAAAGCACUUUAUAAUCACCCUUUGAGAAUCCAAGUGCAGUUAGAUGCAGGAACAAAUGUAACCUACAAAGUUCAGCAUGGAAGCACAGAUCUGGCCUCUGCAUCCACCAUCAGAGGAGUGGUUCCUGUGAAUAUCAGCGUUUCUCCAGAAGUUCAGCAGCAGCUCGGUCCAGGCUGCCAUCAGCUCACAGUAGUGGCUCUGAAUGAGGUGACGGCAGCGGGUCAGUCCAGCGCUCUGGAGCUGUGUUUGCUGGAGCAGCUUGAAGGACUCACUGCAGAAGUGGAUUUGGGUCCUGGUCUUGAGCAGUGUCCGGUGCGAGUCCUCAAUGUUAGCGUGUCUCUUUCACGAGGAGCUCCUGCGCAUCUGCAGUUCCUGCUGUCUGGAGACAAUCAGUCCUUCUCCGAGACACACCAGAUGAUGCACGGAGGUCCACAGGUGUUCCUCAUCUCAAACACAAUACUGACAGGAAAAUUAAACGUUGUGGUCAGAGCAGAAAACUCCUUCUCAAGCAUUGAAGUGGAUGGUGGAAAGACAACAGUUUGUCGCAGUGAAACAGAGAAUCAACAUAAUGGCAAUACAACUGAUGAGCAUGUGAGAGAACCCAGAGCCAGUUAUGUGCAGAUCAUUGCAGAUCCAGAAGUCCCAGUAAUCGGCACUACAAGCGUCAAGCUCUAUGUUGAAGGGCUGAAAGAUGACAACGCUGUUUGGAAAUGCACCGAGUCUUGUCACUGCUCUGAAGACAUGAUACAAAGUGAAAUUGAGAUAUCUGAAGCUUGUCUUCCACCAGUAUACACCUUCUCUGUGUAUACUGUAUCGACCAAUGCAAAUGGUUAUGCGCAAACUGGAAUGAAAUGCAUCACUCUCAUUCCUGGGGAUAAUCUGAGGCUGUCUAUAACCUGUUCAAACUGCGAUCCAGUGAACGUGGAUGAGAGUGUUACACUACAGGCGAAGUGUGAUGGAUGUCAGAAAAUUGUUUGGUACAUUGAGAGCACAAAAGACUUUAAUGGUACACUGGGCCAGUGUAAAUCAGAGUCACUGCAAAAUCCAUUGACACAGAUGAAAGAGGACAGCAGCUCCUUCACCAUAGAGAGUGAGACACUGCGAGAGGCGAAGCAGGAUAUCAUAGUGGUGGUUUAUGGUAUCAAAGACAGCUUGUCUGGAUCUGCUAGAUACAAUAUCUCAAUCCCUGAUUCAUCCAGCACAGAGAAGCCAUCAGAAGCAGAUACGUUAACUACUGUCUCGCCUUCUCACACUGCUGAAAACCCCCCUGUAACGCUCCCUGACAUCUUUCGUCCUCCCUCCUGCACCAUUAGCCCUCACGAGGGUGAUGUUCUCUCUCCCUUUAACUUCAGCUGCUCUGUAGAUCCAACGUUUUGUAAAGCUGAACCCUGUACAUUCUGCUUCAAAACUGCAAGUGGUGAACAUAUUUACUGUGGUGCUAAGCCCACAGUGGAGUCGCUUUACCUCCCUCUAGGGAACGAACAUGGGAACUACAAGCUGACGGUGGUUAUCACUGUGAAGAACACAGCAGGUGUUACUGCUGACACUUCUAUCACCACUUGGGUAAAGGACACCAGUACAAAGCCCACAGUUAAAGAUCUACAGGCACUGGUCUCCAACCAGGUCUUUCACCUGCAGCAACAAGGUCGACUUACUGGGGCCGCGCUGGCACAGAUGUUUCAGUCGGUGUCCCACAGACUGAACAAUGCAUUACCUGAAGAACAGAAUGGCACUGUCAAAAAUGAGCUGAGAAAUCAGAUGUUGCAGAGUUUAAGUACUGCCAUAAGUUCCAUCCCUCCAAAAAAUCCAGCAGAAGUCCAGAUGAGUGCAAAUGUGGUUGCAGGCCUUACCACACAAGGUCAUGAGUUGACAGACUCUACCCAGUUACAGGCUAGUUCUCUGCUCACAAAUCUCAGUAAGUCCCUGGUCUCUUUGACAUAUGCUGGUGAUGAGUCCUCUGAACAAAUUCUGCAAGCAUCAACGCCAAUUAUUGAUGCUGUCAGUAACAUCAUCAAAGUUUCCUCCAGUACUUCUAAACAGAAUGAGAUCUCGGGGCAUUUGCUAAACACUGUGGGCAAUGUUCAGAGUGCCUUGUUGGCUGGGAAAAAAGUUAAUCAGGAGCCAAUUGUACUUAGCACUUCUGUAUUUGGUUUAUAUGUUAACAGAAUAUCAUCAGAUGGUCUGCAGAAACAGACUUUUAACGUUCAGAAGAACAGCUCUGCCAGCUUUAAGCUUCCAUCUCUGGGUUCUGAUGUCAUUUCUCGCAAUGAACCAGUAGAUGUACGGAUGACAAGCUUCGACAUAAAUCCAUUCUCGCGGUGUGAAGGCAAACAAAUCAGUGGAUCAGUGGGUUCUCUCUCUCUUACAAAUAUGAAUGGCUCAGAGAUUUCAGUGGCAAACCUUACUGAGGAGAUUGAGAUUUUCUUACCAAGGACGCAGGUGGCGGAGGUUAAUCAAACUCUUCUAGAACUGGGAAACUUCAGCACUGUGGCCAUUAAUGUGACUGCACCCAAUAUAUCUCUUGUUAUCAAGUUAGAAACCUCAGAAGAGAUACCUCUACAGUUGCUCCUGGGUUUUCAGGACUACCCUAACGAUACAAAUAAUGAGGCUCGGAUACAACUGCCUCACGAAGGAAAAUCUGAAGAGGAGAGAUACACAUGGGUCCUAAACCCUACAGAGAUGGCAAUGGAUGUAGGCGUUUACUACCUUUUGGUGAGGCCUAUUGUUGGAGCAGGGGUAAAUUCAUCUAAUGCUUUGGUUUAUAUCACAACCAUUGCUGCUGAUUGUUUGUACUGGGAUGAGAUAAAGGCCAACUGGAGUGGUGAAGGCUGUAGGGUUGGCCCUCGUACUACAACAUUGGUUACUCAAUGCCUGUGUACCCAUUUGACAUUUUUUGGAAGCUCCUUCUUUGUCAUGCCCAAUGUGGUUGAUGUGUCCCGCACUGCUGAACUCUUUGCAACCUUCGUCAACAACCCGGUGGUGGUGUGUUUUGUAGGCGCCAUCAUACUUGCUUACCUGUUGGUUGUGAUAUGGGCACGAAGAAAGGACAUCCAAGAUGCAGUCAAGGUGAAGGUCACAGUACUUGAGGACAAUGAUCCCUUAGCUGAAUAUCGUUAUUUACUGAGUAUCAACACAGGACAACGUCGUGGGGCCUCCACCUCUUCUCAGGUGACAGUGACUUUACAGGGCUCAGAGGGAGAAAGUGAACCUCAUCAUUUGACUGACACUGAAAAGCCAGUGUUUGAAAGGGGAGGACUUGACUUGUUCUUGCUGACCACCCCAUUUUCAUUGGGGGAGCUACAAAGUAUAAGGCUCUGGCAUGACAACUCAGGAUAUUACCCUGCUUGGUAUGUUAACAAGGUAAUGGUACAGGACCUGGAGAAUGGGCAGAAGUGGCACUUCCUGUGCAACUCGUGGUUGUCUAUUGACUUGGGAGAAUGUACACUAGAUAAAGUUUUCCCUGUAGCAACAGAGAUGGACCUAAAAAGAUUUAGUAAUCUGUUCUUCGCAAAGACUGCAAAAGAUUUCCGUGAUGGUCACAUCUGGUUUUCUGUAAUCAGUCGCCCUCCGAGUAGUAAUUUCACUCGAGUUCAACGCGUCUCCUGCUGUUUUUCACUACUGCUCUGCACGAUGUUGACCAGUAUCAUGUUCUGGGGUAUCCCGUCAGACCCUUCAGAGCAGACUAUGGACCUGGGUAAAAUUGAGUUCACCUGGCAACAGGUCAUGAUUGGCAUUCAAAGUUCCAUUAUCAUGUUUCCAAUCAAUCUCCUCAUUGUGAGCAUCUUCAGAAAUGCUUGUCCAAGAGAGCAAAAAUCUGAAUCGUCUUCAAAGCAACGGUCAAAGUUAGACUCCACAAAGCAAGGCAAAACUGGAAGGGUAUCUCCAAACCAGCCUCUACACGAUAAUCACAAGGAAAUCACACCUGAUACUGUAAUGAAGAACAUCAAACGGAUAGCACAGUCACUCUAUAAGGUUAUGAGACGACCUGUUCCAAGGAUAGAACUAGAUCCCACGAAAACAGAUAUCAACAAUCUCUUGUCAUUAGUUGAAGAGAUAAUUCAACAACAUAAUCGAGUUGGAAAUGAGUUUUACAAUGACUCAUCUAAAAACGAGCAAACUCUUGCUGCCUCCCUUGGGCGUGUAAAUCUUAAAGAGAGCAGUUUUUGUGAAGGCCAAGAGUGUAAUGAAAAACACAGUGUCUACAGCCAAUAUCUCUACAAGCAGCUGCAUAAUGUGGAGAGAGAGCUGAGACUGCUAGAGCCCUCAUCUUUCUCAAAGCCAGACAGCUACACUCGGGCCGUAUUGCAGGUGCAAGGCAUGAAGAACUUACUUGAACCUCGUGUCUCCUUUUCUGGUAUGCAUACUCGUAGCUCCAGCCCAUCAGAGGGCAGUGAAAAGGAAAAAAGUAGAAAGUGUUGUCAGAAAGGAUUGCCCUGGUGGUUUGUGUUUGUUGGUUGGUUUCUUGUCCUAGCCACCAGUGGCGUUUCAGCAUACUUCACAAUGCUGUAUGGGUUGACAUAUGGAAAGGAGCGCUCCAUCAGCUGGCUUAUCUCAAUGGUGGUGUCAUUCUUUGAAAGCCUCUUCAUCACCCAACCUGUAAAAGUACUGGGCUUUGCAGUCUUCUUUGCUCUUGUACUCAAAACUGUUGAUCAAGAUGAGUAUGGCGAUGUUUCAAUUGAUGAGACUUUAUCCAACACAGAUGAUCCUGAUGCCGUCAGAAUUGCAAGGAGAGACAGCACAUGUAGUUUCUAUCAGCCUCCUCCUCCCACUGAUAUAGAAAAAAUGAGAAAUAACAUGAUCAAGGAACAGAAAGUUUUUGCACUCAUCCGAGAGAUACUCGUUUAUGUCGGAUUCCUCUGGAUGCUUCUCUUGGUUGCAUAUGGACAGCGAGAUCCAAAUGCAUACUACCUUACACAUCAUAUUCGACAGAGCUUCAGCAAUGGCAUUUCAGAGACUCUGAACCACAAAGAUAUAUUCAUUUGGGCAAAUUCUUCCUUGCUCCGUAAUCUGUAUGGGCAGUAUCCAGGCUUCAUAACAGAUGGAAACUCAAAACUUGUUGGCAAUGCUCGAAUUCGUCAGGUUAGAGUGAGAAGAGAUACUUGUAAAAUUGCUAACCCCAUGCAGUACUCUGUUCGUGAUUGCCAUGCCCCAUACUCCUGGGAAUCAGAGGACAUGGGCUCUUACAGUCCAGGCUGGAACCAGACUAAAAAUGUGAAUGGCUCUAAGACUGUACUCAAACCAUGGUACUAUCAAACCCAGGCCAAACUUCGGGCAAACCCUGUUUGGGGUGGCCUGGCCCUUUAUAAAGGUGGAGGAUUCGUGGUGGACCUAGGUCCAGAUCAAAAGAAUGCAAGCAGACUUCUUCAGUAUCUUUUUGACAACACCUGGCUGGAUGUGUAUACGCGGGCUGUUUUUGUGGAGUUCACAGUUUAUAAUGCAAAUGUUAACCUCUUCUGUAUUGUGACACUCAUAUUUGAGACUACAGGAGUUGGUACAUUCCAAUAUCGAAGUGAGGUGCAGGCUGUCCAUCUUUAUCAGUCCUCUGGUGGUUUUCAUGUAUUUGUUAUGGCAUCAGAGGCCAUCUAUUUCCUCUUCAUUCUUUACUACAUGUUUUUACAGGGAAAACUGAUGAAGCAGCAGAAAUGGGCAUAUUUCAAAAGCAAGUGGAAUCUUUUAGAGUUAGCCAUCAUCAUUUUAAGUUGGAGCGCAUUAUCGGUGUUUGUCAAGAGAACAAUAUUGGGUAACAGGGACAUUGAGUAUUACCAAAAUAACAAAGACAUGUUUGUCAGUUUUAAUGAGACUGCCACUGCAGAUGCUGUACUGGGCUAUCUGAUAGCUUUCUUGGUUCUGUUGGCCACCAUCAAGCUGUGGCAUCUGCUGAGACUGAAUCCCAAGUUACACAUGAUCACUUCCACACUGCAGCGGGCAUGGACAGAUAUCUCUGGGUUCAUCGUGGUCAUGACCAUCAUGUUUUUAGCCUAUUCCAUUGCUUGCAAUCUGAUGUACGGUUGGAGGCUCAACUCGUACAGAACUCUGCUUGAGGCUGCACAGACCAUUAUUUGCCUACAACUGGGUAUCUUUAACUAUGAUGAGGUUUUGGAUUACAACCCGGUUCUGGGAGCAUUCCUGAUCGGAUCCUGCAUCAUCUUUAUGACUUUCGUAGUUCUCAACCUCUUUAUAUCAGUGAUUUUGGUGGCGUUCAAUGAAGAGCAACUUCACCCCACACCUUCUGAAGAGGAGGAGAUUGUAGAACUGAUGCUAAUGAAGAUCUGCAGCCUCCUUGGCAUCAAGUGCAAGAAAAAGCAAACAAACGCAGAUGCUCCCAUGACUACAGCCUCAGUCAUAUCAUAGGAAUUAUGCUUGUCUGUACAACCAUGUGACAGUCCAUGCUACCUUUACUGUGAAAUGCCUCUUGGUAUUUGAAUGCUUAGUCGUUGUUGUAAAUUAUAUAAUGCUAAGCUUUUCCCCUGACAUUUAACUUGCAGAAAUUAUGUACUAGUAUUGUUUGAAUGUUUGUAAGUUAUUACAACUAUUGCAUGAAAUAUGCAA